AUGGACGAGAAAGAGACAGAAUACGAGCAACCUCUCCAGGUCUUCGACCAAGAUGCCGCCGAAGAAAUUGCCCUCAAGAAUCUCGGCUACGAACAGCAACUUAAGCGCUCCUUCUCCCUGAUCGGCAUCAUAGGGUUCUCCUUCUCCAUCGUAACCUGCUGGUCAGCCUUAUCCGGAGUCCUCAUCAUCGGCGCAGAAUCCGGCGGUCCACCAGUAAUGGUCUGGUCGUGGCUGGGAGUCUGCAUAGUCUCGUUGACGGUGGCCUACAGCAUGGCUGAGAUGUGCAGUGCAUAUCCGGUUGCUGGGGGGCAGUAUUCGUGGGUUGCGCUCUUGGCUCCCAAGAAAACUGCCAGAGGAUUCAGCUACAUCUGUGGGUGGUUCAUGAUCAUCGGGAUCCUGGCCAUGGGUGCGACCAACAACUUCAUUACCGCCAAUUGGAUACUGGGUAUCUCCAACUUGAACAGUCCCGACUAUACCAUUCAACGCUGGCAGACGGUCUUGGUUGCGUAUGGAGUUGGGGCAGUCAGUCUCUGCAUUAACGUAUUCGGUCCGUGGAUUUUGGAGAGACUUUCCAAAGGACUGCUCAUCUGGAACGUCGUCUCGUUCAUAACAAUCCUGGUUACCAUCUUGGCUGUCAACGACCAUAAGCAGUCACCGUCCUUCGUGUUCAAGGACUUAGUCAACCUUACAGGUUUCAGCAAUGGCUAUGCGGCAAUAAUUGGUUUAAUCGAGUCGGCAUUUGGCAUGUGUUGCUACGAUGCAGCCGCGCAUAUGACCGAAGAGAUCCACGAUGCAAGAAAGCAGGCGCCGAGGGCCAUCGUCCUGUCCGUCUACAUCGGCGCGGUUACCGGUUUUGCGUUCCUUCUCGCCGCCUGCUUCUGCAUCGGUGACGUCGAGACGACUGCCGAGAGUGCGACUGGCGUCCCUAUCGUGGAGAUAUUUUUCAACAGCACCAACAGGGCGGGAGCCAGCGUGUUGACGGUUCUCCUGAUCGUUAUAGGCUUUGGAGCCUCGAACGCUCUGACAGCCGAAGGAGGCCGCGCGGUGUAUGCUUUUGCUCGAGACCGCGGUCUUCCGUUCUCAGACGUCUGGAGUAAAGUUGAGCCAAGAAAGCAAAUACCAGUUUUUGCUUUAUGCCUGACGGUGCUGGUCCAGAUUGCUCUGAACAGCAUAUAUUUUGGCACGCUGACUGGUUUCAACACGGUAGUUUCCAUCGCCACGGAAGGGUUCUAUGUUUCGUAUGCAAUGCCACUCAUGGCCCGACUAGCCAGCCUGGCCAUCCCCAGCACUCGACAGAAAGCGAAGAAAAUCGAAGGCGGGUUAUACUCUCUCGGCGUGUUCAGCAUCCCCUUCAACAUCAUUGGCUUGGUAUAUUUGCUUUUCACGACGAUAACCUUUAACUUCCCUACCGUCAGCCCGGUCGACAGCGAGAAUAUGAAUUACACCUCGGCGGCGGUCGGCGGCAUCAUGCUGAUUGCCCUGAUCACCUGGAUCACGACAGGACAUAAGCAAUUCAAAGGACCAGAGUCGGGGGGCGUGUGGAUGGACGGGGACGACGGGGUUGCGCACGCUGUCGUCAGUCAAGACAUCUUGACGGGCGAGGUGCAGCAGCAGCAGCAGCAGCAGCAGCAGCAAAAGUAG